AUGGUGGAAACAUACACACAUAAGGAGAAUGGUAGGAUGGUAUUUCUGAGGUAACAAAUGGUAAUGUGAAAAGAUGUUGUUAUGAACCACAUGAGUGCUCAUCUUUCUUCUUUAUCCCCUAUAGUGCCCCAGCAGUCGGAGGCCAUCGUCAUCUACACGGGCUGGGAGCGUCACGCCCUGGUGGGGUCAGACAUCCGUCUGUCUUGCUCCUUCUUCUCCUGGCGCUGGACCUCCGAUGACGUCACCUUCUCCUGGAGCUACCGGGCAGAUGGAGCCAGGGACAGCAUCUCUGUAUAUAACCACCUUCUUAAACACCCAUUAUCCUCCUAUCGCCCCUACACUCCAUAUCCUCCUUAACCUCCUUACAAAUCCAUUUCCAUCUACCUCAAAUCACCAUACCUCCAAUCCCUAACUCCAUUAUCCACCUAUACACCCAAGUAUCCCCUAUCACUCCAUUAUCCUCAUAUAUCACCAAAUUAUCCUCAUCUACCACUCCAUUAUCCUCCUCUAUCCUCCUUUAUCACUCAAUUAUUCCCACACUAAUUAUCAUACUCUAUCACUCUAUUUCACUCUACAUUCCAUAUCCUCCAUCCUCAUCACUCCAUUAUCCUCCUAUAACCACCAUAUCCCCCAUCUAUCCUAUCCUCUACCUAUAUCCUCUUACUCUAUCCUAUAAUGGAGUUAUAUAUCCUCCUAUAUAACUCCAUUAUCCUCCUCUAUCCUCCUUUAUCACUCCAUUAUCCCCCUCUAUCUUCCUUUAUCACUCCAUUAUCCUCCUCUAUCCUACUUUAUCACUCCGUCCUCAUCUCCUUCUCAUUCCCCUCAUCUCCUUUCCUCCUCUAUGGCCGGGUCCCAAAUGACAAAUUCCCUAUAUAGGGCACUACUUUUGACUAGGGCCCUGGUCAAAAGUAGUGCACUAUAUAGUGUGUGUGCCAAAUGGCACACUAGUCUCUAUAUGGGUCCUGGUCAAAAGUAGUGCACUAAAUAGGGAAUAGGGUGCUAUUUGGGAUGCAGCCUUUCACUACGUUCUCAUCUCCUCCUCACUGCCGUCAUCUCACCUGGUGCCAGCUCUUUCCUUUCAGUCUCUCUCACCUUAUCUGAUUGUUUCCAUGUUAUUAUGUCUCUAUCCUCAUUGUGCUUUGCUCUCCAUGGUUCCCAAUCUCCCCCCUCUUAUCCCCCCCCGUCUCUCUCUCCUUCUCUCCUCCUCCUUCAUCCACCUCUCUUUCCUCCCUCCCUCCCUCUGAAAUGAUAUCACUCCGUUACGUUUCUACUCCUCUUCAAAACAGUUGUUGAGAUUCAAAUAAUUGCCGUAACUUACAAGCCACUUCUUUCAACACAUUUCAUGUCACAUACUGUAUGGGCUGGUCUAAAACGGCACCCUAGUAUUCCCUACUUUUGACCAUGACCCAUAUAAAAGUAGUUCACUACAUAGGGAAUAGGGUGCCAUUUUGGAUGCAACCUUAGCCUAAAUGUAAAAGCAGACAAGAAACUGAAUCCCUUCCCAAUUCCGUGCUCCAGGUCUUCCACUACACUGGUGGAGCCCCUUAUGUGGACAACAAGGGACCCUUCAGAGACAGGUUGGAGUUUGUGGGGAACCCUGGUCGCCGGGACGGAUCCAUCCUGCUCAAGAACCUGGACUACGGAGACAACGGCACCUUCACCUGUGACGCCAAGAACCCCCCUGACAUAGUGGGACGCACCUCCAGUGUCAGACUCCUGGUCUUUGACAAGGGUGAGAGCAUAGAAUGACUAGCCUGGGGACCAGUCUGUUUGUCACACUCCAUGCUUGGCAUGACAAGUAGUGGCAAAGGAGUGGCAUGAUGGAACAAACAGAUCUGGGACCAGGCUAAAUCAGACUGUACAGUCGUGGUCAAAAGUUUUGAGAAUGACACAAAUAUUAAUUUUCACAAAGUCUGCUGCCUCAGUUUUUAUGAUGGCAAUGUGCAUGUACUCCAGAAUGUUAUGAAGAGUGAUCAGAUGAAUUGCAAUUAAUUGCAAAGUCCCUCGUUGCCAUGAAAAUGAACUUAAUCCCCCAAAAACAUUUCCACUGCAUUUCAGCCCUGCCGCAAAAGGACCAGCUGCCAUCAUGUCAGUGAUUCUCUCGUUAACACAGGUGAGAGUGUUGACGAGGACAAGGCUGAGAUCACUCUGUCAUACUGAUUGAGUUAGAAUAACAGACUGGAAGCUUUAAAAGGAGGGUGGUGCUUGAAAUCAUUGUUCUUCCUCUGUUAACCAUGGUUACCUGCAAGGAAACAUGUGCCGUCAUCAUUGCUUUGCACAAAAAGGGCUUCACAGGCAAGUAUAUUGCUGCUAGUAAGAUUGCACCUAAAUCAACCAUUUAUCGGAUCAUCAAGAACUUCAAGGAGAGAGGUUCAAUUGUUGUGAAGAAGGCUUCAGGGCGCCCAAGAAAGGCCAGCAAGCCCCAGGACCGUCUCCUAAAGUUGAUUCAGCUGUGGGAUCAGGGCACCACCAGUGCAGAGCUUGCUCAGGAAUGGCAGCAGGCAGGUGUGAGUGCAUCUGCACGCACAGUGAGGCGAAGACUCUUGGAGGAUGGCCUGGUGUCAAGAAGGGCAGCGAGGAAGCCACUUCUCUCCAGGAAAAACAUCAGGGACAGACUGAUAUUCUGCAAAGGGUACAGGGAUUGGACUGCUGAGGACUGGGGUAAAGUCAUUUUCUCUGAUGAAUCCCCUUUCCGAUUGUUUGGGGCAUCCGGAAAAAAACUUGUCCGGAGAAGACAAGGUGAGCGCUACCAUCAGUCCUGUGUCAUGCCAACAGUAAAGCAUCCUGAGACCAUUCAUGUGUGGGGUUGCUUCUCAGCCAACGGAUUGGGCUCACUCACAAUUUUGCCUAAAAACACAGUCAUGAAUAAAGAAUGGUAACAACACAUCCUCAGAGAGCAACUUCUCCCAACAAUCCAAGAACAGUUGGUGAUGAACAAUGCCUUUUCCAGCAUGAUGGAGCACCUUGCCAUAAGGCAAAAGUGAUAACUAAGUGGCUCGGGGAACAAAACAUCGACAUUCUGGGUCAAUGGUCAGGAAACUCCCCAGACCUUAAUCCCAUUGAGAACUUGUGGUCAAUCCUCAAGAGGCGGGUGGACAAACAAAAACCCACAAAUUCUGACAAACUCCAAGCAUUGAUUAUGCAAGAAUGGGCUGCCAUCAGUCAGGAUGUGGCCCAGAAGUUAAUUGACAGCAUGCUAGGGCGGAUUGCAGAGGUCUUGAAAAAGAAGGGUCAACACUGCAAAUAUUGACUCUUUGCAUAAACUUAAUGUAAUUGUCAAUAAAAGCCUUUGACACUUAUGGAAUGCUUGUAAUUAUACUUCAGUAUACCAUAGUAACAUCGGACAAAAAUAUCUAAAAACACUGAAGCAGCAAAUUUUGUGAAGACCAAUAAUUGUGUCAUUCUCAAAACUUUUGACCAUAACUGUACACACAAGCAAGCCCUUAUUUGUGUUAAUAGGUUGUUUAAUGUCAGUCAUCCAGAAGACUGGUUCUUUGCUUUGCUUUCUCUUCCUCGUAUUUCUCCAUUCUCUCCAUCCCUCUCUCUUUUCAUCCUCAGUCCUCUUGCUCUCCUUUACAAUUUAUUUAUUUCUUUGUUUCUCUCUCUCUCACUCUCUCUCUCUUUCUCUGUCGUAUCGAGUGAGUGGUGGCAAUAUGCAUGAACAAGAUGCUCAUACUGACUUGAUCAUAAGUUAUAGACGAAGCUUCACAUGGUACGGUGACAUCACCAAUGACCUCAGAUGCUGCUCGUCUGCCUCUCUCGUUUUCCAUUAUAACAUGAUGUCCCCUUGGCAAUCCCCUCUCCGUCUAAAUUCGGUCGUGUAUGGGCGUACAUACAUUCCUCGUACUACUCCAUUCAUUUCUUCAGACUUCAAGACUCUAACACUACACUCUCAACCCAUCUUCUCUACUCCCCCCACCCCACCCCACCCCACACCCACACACACCCUUUCCCUUCACUCUCUCAGUUCCCAUCCAGGCCGGAGUGAUCACAGGGGCCAUCAUCGGUGCGGUGCUGGGUCUCCUGGUGCUCAUCGUGGUCAUCUACUAUCUCAUGAGGUUCCUGGUGGCCCGCAGAGUCUUCAACCUCAGUGUC